ACAUGUGGUUGGUUUGAGAUGCUGAUUUUUUGGUCAGUAAAAAAUUCUGCAGUUUGACCUUGUUUUUUUCUUUAGUCAAUUACAUAAAUUGGAGAAAAUGUUCACCCGAAGAUUGUUGGCCACAUCUCAACGUAGUUUAUUCGGCCAAUCAACGGCAACUGGAUGGCAACUGUCCACACUGGCGAAUAAAUCGAAACCACUUUUGCCGUCAUAUUGUUUUGGUUCAAGUGGUGUUGUGCAUAAUAAUCAACAACAAUUGUCACGACGAAACAUUCAUACAUCAUCAGUGUUGUGUGCAAAAGAUUACUAUAACAUUUUAGGCGUCGAUAAGAAUGCGUCGGCCAAAGAAAUCAAAAAAGCCUAUUAUGAAUUGGCCAAGAAAUAUCAUCCGGAUACGAAUAAAAAGGAUCCGAAUGCCGCGAAAAAAUUCCAAGAAGUCUCUGAAGCAUACCAAGUACUGUCCGAUGAUGGCAAACGUAAACAGUAUGACGAUUUCCAAAAAUUUGGCGGUAGUACUGGAGAUUUCAAUUCAGCUGCUGGUGGUGGUGGUGGUGGAGGAUUCUCCGGUUGGCAACAAGGUUUCACUUCAGGAUUCAACAGCGAAGAUAUAUUUCGACAGGUUUUUGAAGAGAUGCGAAAUUUUGCCGGUGGCGGCAGCGCCGGAUUCAGUGAUGAAUAUGGAUUCAGUACACCAUUGCAGAUGGACAUGAGUCUUAGUUUCACGGAAGCUGCCAAAGGCAUUCAAAAAGAAGUUCAUAUCGAUGUCAUGGAUACUUGUCCCAAAUGUCAUGGAUCAAAAUCUCGUGGUGAUGAGAAACCAGUAAAAUGUCCAUACUGUCAAGGUACCGGAAUGGAAACCGUUUCGAAUGGCCCGUUUAUAAUGCGUACUACAUGUCGAAAAUGCCAUGGAACACGCGUGUUGAUCAAAAAUCCUUGUCGAGAAUGUCACGGCGAAGGUAUCACCAAACAACGGAAAAAGAUUCUGAUAAACGUACCACCAGGUGUUGAUGAUGGCCAAAGUAUUCGCAUGAAAGUCGGCAACAAAGAGCUAUACAUAACGUUUCGGGUAUCACGUUCAAAUCAUUUUCGUCGUGAUGGUGCCGACAUACAUUCCGAUGUUGAAGUGAAUCUAUUUCAAGCCAUUCUUGGCGGGUCAAUACCCAUACAAGGUUUAUACGAAAAUCUAACGCUCAAAAUUCAACCCGGUACCACAUCACAUACACGAAUUCGUCUGCCAGAAAAAGGCAUCACCCGUGUCAACAGCUAUGGCAAAGGGGAUCACUAUGUCCAUGUCAAAAUAAAUGUGCCCACGAGUAUGACUAAAAAGCAAAAAGCAUUGUGGCUAGUUCUGGCCGAAAUGGACGAUUCAUUACUGAGAGGAAUCAUCAAUGGAAUCGUCAAUACACGUAGUGGUGGCCGUGUUGUGGAAGGUGAUGCUGAAUUCGAAGAAUACGUCAACAUUAUCAAACAAGCAAUGGACGAUAUCGAUGAAACCAAGGAUAAAAAUUCGGACCGUAAUUCAUGAGUUUUUGCCGAUAAACAAUCAACACAACACGAAUAAUUAUUAUUUGUAAAUAUCGAAAUUUCAAUUCUCCAAUUAGAUUAUUUUGCCUUGUUAGAAAUUAUGAGUUAGAAUUUGAUGAAUUUGUUGGAAUAAAAUUUCAAUUAUCAAACUUG